UACCGUCCACAAGACCAAGUCAUGACGUCUCAAGACCAAAUUCCACUUGCAGCAUCAACCAUCUUCUGUGACGGUGUUCAAAUUGAAGACAAGAGCAAUAAUGGGUUUAUUAACCUCUACGUUUUUCCUCAUACUCCACCCCUCACACUAUGGCAGACACUCACUGUGAGUGAAAACUUUACAAUUGCUCCAAAGGGUAAAAGUAUCUACUGGUCUUACUACAUGAAUCGAGGCUCUCAACUUAAUUUAUCAUUAUGUGCUGAGCCAAGUAUAUCCUUGUAUGUGUUCAAAGGAAAAGACAAUUUUGAUGGCUACGAGGACGACGACUCAUAUGACACCUUUUAUCACAACCAAUAUUCUGGUGUAUGUUUGAAUGGCACAAAUGGUCUCAAAUCCAUUCGAGUAAGUUCUAGAGAUGAAUACUACUUUUUGUUCAAAGGCGACAAGUCUGUGAGCUCGAAAGUCAACAUGACACUGUCCUUCAAUCGUACCAUGUACAACAUCUCAGCCAUGUCUGGAAAAACAUGUCAUGCCAAUCCAACUUGCUCUCUCCCACUUAACUAUGCAUCAAGUCAAUUUACUUUACUCGUUACAAACGACACUUUGCAGUCUAGUGAGAGCAUCACUGUUCACUUGACAUGUAUUCCUCGUAACUGGUUCUAUGGCGUAGCAUUUGGACUACCUGCUGGACUUUUAUUUGUGAUCUUUCUUGUCUCUUUGGUACGUUUUUAUCACCUAGUCCGGGGCGACUGCAACCGCCGUCGAUUAGUAACUAUUAGGUCACAGCAUUUCAGUCCGACAGGAGAAGUAGCACGUCAGCCCUCAUAUCUUGUCCAAUGGGCAAUGAACAACUAA